AUGGCUGUUGUGAAGGGAAAAAGAAAGGGAAAGGCCAAGGGAAAAGGUAAGGCUGGUGUUGAUGCUGAUGCUGAUGACGACAACGCGGGGCAACCUACAUUUGUAGACAGUGAUUAUAAUCUAAGUGAUAAGGAAGAGGACAACAUCAUGACGGCUCAAGUUGAGGGAUGGAAGAACGUGGUGAAUUCCAUGAGAGUCCUUGGUGAUUUAGAUGAUGGUGGAGAAAGUGACAAUCUUCGCAGUGACUCACCUAGCUCGGGUGCGAGUGAGGAUGACUUGGCUGGCGAAGGUGACUGUGAUGUCGUCAAAACCAUAAGCCGAAGAUACAAGCUUGCAACGGAUCUAAAUGAUCUAAGGUUGGAAGUAGGACUGUGGUUCAAUACGAAGGAAGAUUUUACAGAACUUAUUCGUCAUCAAGGUGUCAAAUUGGGUAAGAAGUUGAGGCUCAAGAAAAAUGACAUAAUAUGUUGUGUUGCUCGCUGCAAAGGGUUGAUGCGAAGUAAAAAAAUUAAAGCAGAAUGUCCUUGGUCGGUUACCUUAUCCUAUAGGAAUGGGCUUGGUUGUCGACAGAUUUCAGCUCUGCGUGAUACAAACAAGUAUGGAGGUGCUUCUUACAACCACGGUUGUGCUAAUGCCAAGUACUUGUCAAAACUAUUCAAGGAGGAUAUGAGGGUAUUCCCCGGGAUGACGGUUGCUCAAUUUUUGGAGAAGGUGCAUUGGGAGUUGAAGAUAACCAUUUCUGUGGGAAAGGCGAGGCGUGCAAUGGCACGUGCGAGGAGGCUGAUCGAGGGUGAUACAAUCAAGCAGUACAAGAGGCUGCAUGAUUAUAGGGCAGAGAUUCUGAGGACAAAUCUAGGGAGCACCGUUGUCCUAGCAACUAGGCACCUAUCGGAUGGAAACGACAAGUUCAAUGGAAUCUACAUAGCUUAUGAAGCUUGUAAAACUUCCUUCAAGCAGCACUGUAGACGCAUCAUAGGAUUGGAUGGUUGCCAUCUCAAAGGACAAGGAAAGGGCAUACUGCUCACUGCCAUUGGAUUAGACUUGAACGAUCAGAUUUUUCCCGUCGUAUAUAGUGUUGUAGCUAUUGAGAACACUGAUACUUGGAGCUGGUUUUUAAGUUUGUUGGUAAAGGAUUUGGAAAUCAAGGAUUCGAGCAAGUGGACAUUCAUCUCUGACAGACAGAAGGUACAGAUUUAA